GAAUUUCAAAUUGCACAACAAGGACUUCAGGAAUGCGUUGAUGCUGAAUUUGAUACAAUGGAACAAGAAAGGAAGAGAAUUAGAAUUGAUAUGUUUGACUUAAAUUAUUUGAGAUAUUGA